AUGGCAGCGAGCCGAGGGGGCGUGGCCUGGGGCGUUGCCGUGGUGACGGCGGAGGGGCGUGGCCUCAGGCCCCGCCCCCCGGGGUGUGAUGAGCUGCCGCGGUCUCAGCGCGCGCCGCGGCCGCAGCGCAGAUCCCCCCGCGUCCCCCCCCGGGCACUGCGGCAGCGGCUCCGCAUCCCCGGGCAGAGCCCCCCCCGCGCUGUCCCGGGAGAAUUUGGGGAGCCCCCACCCCAAAAUUCGCGUGAGGAAGAGGAGGAGGAAGGCUCCGCCCGGCGCUUCGAGCGCUCCCGCAUCAAAGCUCUGGCAGACGAGCGCGAGGCCGUGCAGAAGAAAACCUUCACCAAGUGGGUGAAUUCCCACCUGGCCCGGGGGUCGCACCUGGGGGAUCUUUACAGCGACCUCCGGGACGGGCGGCUCCUGCUGCGGCUGCUCGAGGGGCUCUCAGGGGAGACCCUGCCGCGCCCCACGCGGGGCCGGAUGAGGAUCCAUUGCCUGGAGAACGUGGAGAAGGCGCUGCGCUUCCUGCGGGAGCAGCGCGUGCACCUGGAGAACGUGGGCUCGCACGACAUCGUGGAUGGCAACCCCCGCCUGACCCUCGGCCUGGUCUGGACCAUCAUCCUGCGCUUCCAGAUCCAGGACAUCAGCGUGGAGACCGGGGACACGCGGGAGAGGAAAUCGGCCAAGGACGCGCUGCUGGCCUGGUGCCAGAUGAAAACCGCGGGGUACCCCAAUGUGAACGUGCAGAACUUCACCACGAGCUGGCGGGACGGGCUGGCCUUCUGCGCCCUCAUCCACCGGCACCGGCCAGAGCUGCUGGACGUGGGGUCUCUGCGCGGGGCCAACGCCCUCCACAACCUGCAGAGCGCCUUCGCCGUGGCCGAGCGGGAGCUGGGGGUCACUCGGCUGCUGGACCCCGAGGAUGUGGCCGUGGAGCAGCCGGACGAGCGGUCAGUGCUGACCUACGUGGCCGCCCUCUACCACCACUUCUCCAGGAUGAAGGCGCUGGCCGUGGAGGGAAAACGCGUCGGGAAGGUUCUGGAGGCGGCGCGCGAGGCCGAGGGCCUGGCCGGCCGUUACGAGGCGCAGGCGGCCGAGCUGCUGGGCUGGAUCCAGCGCUCACUGCUGCUCCUCACUGACCGGCGCCUGCCCCGCGGCAUCCCCGGCCUGCAGGGGCAGCUCCAGGCCUUCAGCGCCUACCGCACCACCGAGAAACCCCCCCGGUUCGAGGACAAGGGGUCCCUGGAGGUGCUGCUGUUCUCGCUCCGGAGCCGCCUGCGAGCCAACAACCAGCGACAGUUCGUGCCUCGGGAGGGGACCCACAGCACCGACAUCAACAGGGCGUGGGAGCGGCUGGAGAAGGCGGAGCACGGCCGGGAGCUGGCGCUGCGCUCGGAGCUGCUCCGGCAGCAGCACCUGGAGCAGCUGGCGGCGAGGUUCCACCGCAAGGCCGCCCUCAGGGAGACCUGGCUGGGGGACAACCAGCGCCUGGUGGCACAGGACAAUUUCGGGGGGUCCCUGGGGGGGGUCGAGGCCGCUCUGCGCAAACACGAGGCCAUCGAGAGCGACAUCGCCGCCUACGGCAGCCGCGUGCGCGCCGUCACCGCCGUGGCCGCCGAGCUGGAGGCCGAGCGCUAUCACGACAUGAGCGGUAUCGCGACACGGCGCGACCACGUGGUGUCGCUUUGGGAGGCGCUGCGGGCGCAGGUGGCGGCGAGGCGAGAGCGGCUCCGGGCGCACCUGGAGCUGCAGCGGCUCCUGCGCGACCUGGAGCACCUGAUGGGCUGGAUGGAGGAGAUGGAGGUGCGGCUGCAGUCGCGGGAUUUCGGGCAGCACCUGAGCCAGGUGGACGAUCUGCUGCAGAUCCACGCCCUGGUCGAGGGGGACGUGGCGGCCCAGGCCGAGAGGGUCCGGAGUGUGGGGGCGGCGGCCGAGCGCUUCCUCGGGGAGGGGGGCGGGUACCGCCCGUGUCCCCCGGAGCAGCUGCGGGCCCGGGUGGCGGCUCUGGAGCUGCGCUACCGGGGGCUCUCGGCGCUGUCGGCGCAGCGGCGGCUGCGGCUGGAGCGCUCCCGGCGCCUCUGGAAGUUCCUGUGGGAUGCGGGCGAGGAGGAGGCCUGGAUGCGAGAGCAGGAGCGGCUCCUGCGCUGCCCGGAGCUGGGCCGGGACCUGCCGGGGGCCCUGCGGAUGCUGAGCCAGCUCGAAGCCAUCCGAGGGGCGCUGGGGGGACGCGCGGGGCCGCUGGAGCAGCUGCUGGAGCGGGGCCGGGAGCUGCUGGCGCAGGGAGACCCCGCCGCGGCCGCCGUGUCCCGCCGGAUCCGGGAGCUGGAGUCGCUCUGGGCGGCGCUGCCGGCGCUGGCCGGGGCUCGGGAGCGGCGGCUCCGAGCGGCCGCGGGGCGAUUCCAGCUGGACGCGGAGGCUGCCGAGGCCGAGGCCUGGCUGGCGGCCGCCGCCCGGAGAGUGGCGGGGCCGGAGCUCGGCCACGACGAGAGAUCCGCGGGGAUCCUGGAGCGGCGGCUGCGGGAGCUGCAGGACGAGAUGCGGCGGCGCGGGCCGGCGCUGGCGGCGCUGCGGGAGCAGGCGCUGCCCGGCGAUGCCGCCGGAGUUCCCGAUGUGGUGCCGGGGCUGGCGGAGCGGCUGGCGGAGCUGGAGCGGCGGCACCGGGAGCUGGAGGCGCGGGCGGAGCUGCGGCGCCUGGAGCUGCGGGACGCGCUGGGAUUGUUCGCGGCGCGCAGCGAGGCCGAUGCCUGCGCGCUCUGGGUGGGCGAGAGGGAGCAGUGGCUGCUCUCCAUGGAAAUUCCCGAGCGCAUCGAGGACCUGGAGGUGGUGCAGCAGCGGUUCGAGACGCUGGAGCCGGAGCUGGCGGCGCUGGCGGCGCGCGUGGCCUCCGUGGGCCGCGUCACGCAGGAGCUCCAGGGAUCCGGGGACAGGAACCGGGAGAGCGCCCGGGAAACCUGGGAGCAGCUCCGGGACAGGUGGGAGCGGUUCCGGGCGCUGACCGAGCGCAAGAAGGUGGCGCUGACCGCGGCGCUGAACAUCCACAAUUUCCGCCUGGAAUGCCACGAGACGCGGGGCUGGAUGCGGGAGAAGACGGCGGCGAUCGAGGCCACGCGGGCGCUGGGCCGGGACCUGGCCGGGAUCACGGCGCUGCAGGGGAAGCUGUCGGGGAUGGGGCGCGACCUGGACGCCAUCCAGGGAAAGCUGCGGGAGCUGCGGGCCGAGGGCGAGAAGCUGCAGGGGGAGCAGCCGGAGCGAGCGCCCGAGAUCCGCGAGGGGCUGGCGGGGCUCGAGGCCGAGUGGGACGCGCUGCGCCGGUGCCACCGGAGCCGCGAGGAGUCCCUGGGGCAGGCGCGGCGGCUCCAGGGCUUCCUGCGGGACCUGGCUGCGCUCCAGGCCUGGCUGUCCCGCACACGCGCGGCCGCGGGCUCCGAGGAUGUCCCCGCGUCCCUGGCCGAGGCCGAGGGCUCCCUGCGGCAGCACGAGAGCCUCCGCACCGAGAUCUCGCACUACGGCGCCGAUUACCGGAGCGCCCGCACCGCCGGCCGGGAGGUGACGCGGGGACAGACGGACCCGCAGAGCCUGACCCUGCUCCAGCGCCUGGAAGCGCUGGACGCGGACUGGGAAGAGCUGGGCCGGGUGUGGGAGAAGCGGCAGCGGCUCCUGGCCCAGGCUGUCGCAUUCCACGUGUUCCUGCGGGACGCCAAGCAGGUGGAGGGAGCGCUGGGGAAGCAGGAGCACGCUCUGGCGCACACGGAGAUGCCGGGCACGGUGCCGGGCGCGGAGGCGGCCGUGCGGAGGCUGGAGGAGUUCCUGGCCGCACUGGACACCGGAGCCGAGCGCGUCCGGGCGCUCACGGACACCGGGAAGAAGCUGCUGGACGAGGGCGGCGUCCACGCGGAAAAGGUGCGGGAGACGGUGGAGUCGGUGGAGAGCAGGCACCAGAAGAUCCGGGAAUCGGCCCAGGAGCUGCUGGGGCGGCUGCGGGAUAACUGGGAGCUGCAGAAAUUCCUGCAGGAUGGGCAGGAGCUGACGCUGUGGCUGAACGAGAAGCUGCCGGUGGCUCGGGACGUGUCCUACGAGGGCACGCGGGACCUGCAGGGCAAGUGGCAGAAGCACCAGGCCUUCGCCGCUGAGCUCGCGGCCAACCGGGCCUGGCUGGAGGCGCUGGAGAAGGACGGGGAGCAGCUGGCGCGGGCGCGGCCGGCGCUGGCCGGACGAGUGACCGCGCCCCGGCAGGAGCUGCGGGCGCUGUGGGCGCAGGUGGAGGCGGCGGCGGCCGCCAAGGGCCGGGGUUUGGCCGAGGCCGCGCGCGCCGAGAGCUGCGCCCAGGCCUGCGCCGGACUCCGCUCGUGGCUGGCCGGAGUCCGUGCCCAGCUCCGCUCCGGCCACUGCGGCCAGGACCUGACCAGCGUCGGGGUCCUGCUCACCCGGCACCAGCUGCUGGAGACGCAGGCGGCGCUGCGGGAGCAGGAGGUGGGGGCUCUGCGGGCGGAGGCCGGGGGGCUCAGCCCGGGGCACCCCCGGAGCGCGGGGGUGCAGGAGCAGGUGCGGGAGCUGGAGCAGCAGUUCCGGGAGCUGCGGGAGCCGCUGCAGGAGCGCGGCCGGAGCCUCGCGGCCGCCAGGGAACUGCACCAGUUCCGCAGGGACCUGGAGGACGAGCUGCUGUGGGUGCAGGAGCGCCAGGCCCUGGCCAUGUCCACGGACCACGGGAAGGACCUGCCCUCGGUGCAGCUGCUGCUCCAGAAGAACGAGACGCUGCAGAAGGAGCUGCAGGGCCGCGAGCGCCGCGUGACGGAGCUGCUGGAGGGAUCUAUAGGGGUCAAGGAGGGUCAGAGGGGAUCUGACGAGCCGGGCGCCCAGGCCAUGCUGAGCCGGCACCUGGGGCUGGAGCAGGAGCUGCGCGACUACGGCGGCACCGUGGAGCUGCUGGCCGAGCAGGGCCGGGCCAUGGCGGCCAGCGGCCACCCCGACGGCGAGCGGCUCCGUGCCCGCGCGGCGCAGGUGCAGCGUCUCUACGCGGGGCUGUGUCACCUGGCCGGGGAGCGCAGGGCCACCCUGCAGGGCCACCACCGCCUGUGCCAGCUGCGCCGCGACCUCGAUGACCUGGAGCAGUGGAUCUCGGAGCGAGAGGUGGUGGCGGCGUCCCGGGAGCUGGGGCAGGACUUCGAGCACGUCACGCUGCUCCGGGACAAGUUCCGGGAGUUCUCACGGGACACGGGCGGGCUGGGCCAGGAGCGGGUGGACGCGGCCAACGCGGCGGCGGCGGCGCUGAUCGCCGGGGGCCACCCCGAGCGCGCGGCAGUGGCCCAGUGGCAAGCGGGGCUCAACGAGGCGUGGGCGGAGCUGCUGGAGCUCGUGGCCACCCGGGCGCAGGAGCUGGCGGCCGCGCACGACCUGCAGCGCUUCCGCCGCGACGCCCGGCAGGUGCUGGCGCAGCUCCGCGACAAAGCCCGGCAGGUGCCCGAGGAGCUGGGGCGGGACCUGCGGGCGGCCGAGGGGCUGGAGAGACAGCACCGCACCUUCGAGCACGACGUGCAGGCCCUGAGCGCGCAGGUGACGGCUGUCCAGGAGGCCGCAGGCCGCCUGGCCGCGGCGUACGCGGGCCCGCGGGCGGAGGAGCUGCGGGCGCAGGAGGGCGCGGUGGCUGCGGCCUGGGCCGAGCUCCGCGGGCGCUGCCAGCGCCGCCGCCGCCUGCUCGGGGACACCGUGGAGCAGUUCCGGUUCCUCCGCGCCGCCCGCGACCUCCGGCUCUGGAUGGACGGGAUGCACCUGCAGCUGCAGGCCCGCGAGAGGCCCAGGGAUGUCACCGCGGCCGAGCUGCUGAUCCAGCAGCACCAGGGGCUGCGGGCGGAGCUGGAGGCGCGCGAAGGCUCCUUCGGGGCCUGCGUGGCCGCGGCCACCGCGCUGCUGCAGCGUGGCCACCACGACGCCGACAAGCUGUCCCAGGAGCUGGCCGAGCUCCAGGAGCGCCGCAGGGACAUCGGGGAGCGCUGGCAGGACAAGCUGGAGUGGCUGCAGACUGUGCUGGAGGUGCUGGUGUUUGGGCGCGACGCGGCCACGGCCGAGGCCUGGCUGGCCAGCAGGGAGCCCCUGGCCCGCGCCCCCGAGCUGGGCUCCAGCCUGGCCGAGGCCGAGACCCUCCUCAAACGCCACCAGAGCUUCCAAAAGGCUGCGGCCGCCUGGGACGAGAGAUUCGCUGCCCUGAGCCGCCUCACCACGCUGGAGGAGAAGGAGCGGCGGCGGCGCCAGGAGGAGGAGGAGGAGGCGAGGAAGCUGCAGCCCCCCGAGCCCCCCCCGGCCCAGGCCGAAGUCGGGGGGAGCCCCCCGGUGGUGCCCCCCGAGAGGGCCCCCACCCCCCAGAGCCGCCCACCGGAGCCCCCGGCCCUCAACGGGAUCCGCCCCGACAGCGCCGCGGGCCAGGUCCCCAGAGGGGCGCAGGAGGGGGGGCCCGGGCCGGGGGGGGUGGCGGCCACGCUGCCCCCCCGUGUCCCCCCCCCACCCGAGACCCUGGAGGGGGGGCUGUGCCGAAAGCAGGAGCUGGAGGCGCCCGGCAAGAGAGCGACCAACAGGUCCUGGCAGAGCCUGUACUGCGUGCUGCGGGGGGGGGUCCUGAGCGUGUUCAAGGACGCGCGGGGGGCGGGCGCGGGGGUCCCGUACCACGGCGAGCCCCCCACCCCCCUGCGAGGAGCCCGCUGCCACCCGGCCACCGCCUACCGCAAACGGAAACACGUCUUCAGGCUGGGGCUGAGCGAUGGGAAAGAAUUCCUGUUCCAGGCUAAGGACGAGGCCGACAUGGCCCUGUGGCUCCGGGCGAUCGAAGCCGCCGCCGGGGCCACGCUGGGCCCGGGGGGGCCCCGGGAGGGCUCGGGGGUCCCCGGGGGUCCCCCCAAGGGGAUGUCGCGGGCCCUGAGCCUCCCCCCCGUGCCCCCCCCCGCCGAGGGAGCCCCCCGGCCCCGCGAGCCCAAGGAGAGGGAGAAACGCUUCAGCUUCUUCAAGAAGAACAAGUAG